AGCUGCUUCCUGUCCCCCACGCCGCGCAGCCUCACGCAGCCCGCCGGGAGCGCGGUUCGCCCCGACCCCCUCGCCGAGCCCGACAACGCCCCCGGCCCCAUGCAGUCCCGGCUCCGGCUCCUCGGGGCGCCCGGCGGCCCCGGCGGCCCGGCUGCGCGGCGCGUGCGGCUGCUCCUGCGGCAGGUGAUGCGGGGUCGGCCGGGCGGCGACGCGCGGCGGUCGGAGGUCAGGCUGGUGCACGCCGGGGCGGGGGCCGACACAGGUGAUACAGUUAAUAUUGGAGAUGUAUCCUACAAGUUGAAAACUCCUAAGAGCCCGGAACUUGUGCCACAGAACUACAUUUCAGACUCGCUGGCUCAAUCUGUAAUUCAACAUCUAAGAUGGAUAAUGCAGAAGGAUCUUUUGGGACAAGAUGUUUUUCUAAUAGGACCUCCUGGGCCUCUUCGACGCUCUAUUGCUAUGCAGUACCUGGAGUUGACCAAGCGGGAGGUUGAAUACAUUGCCUUGUCCAGAGACACCACCGAAACAGACCUCAAACAGCGUCGAGAGAUCCGCGCAGGCACGGCUUUUUACAUCGACCAGUGUGCAGUCCGUGCAGCCACAGAAGGUAGAAUCCUCGUUUUGGAAGGCUUGGAAAAGGCAGAGAGGAAUGUUCUGCCUGUUUUGAACAAUUUACUGGAAAACAGGGAGAUGCAGCUUGAGGAUGGACGUUUCCUGAUGUCUGCUGAGCGUUACGACAAACUUCUCCAGGAUCAUUCCAAAACAGAAUUGGAUGCUUGGAAAAUUGUCCGAGUUAGUGAAAAUUUCCGAGUGAUUGCUUUGGGCUUGCCAGUGCCUCGAUACUCAGGGAAUCCAUUAGACCCCCCUCUCCGUUCUCGAUUUCAAGCCAGAGAUAUUUAUUAUCUACCCUUCAAGGACCAACUUAAACUGUUAUAUUCAGUUGGCACCCAUGUUUCUGCUGAGAAAGUUUCUCAGCUCUUGUCCUUUGCCACCACUCUCUGUUCCCAAGAAUCUUCUACUCUUGGACUUCCAGAUUUUCCUUUAGAUAGUCUACCAGCUGCAGUUCAAGUCCUGGACUCCUUUCCUAUGAUGUCAAUGAAACAUGCCAUCCAGUGGCUUUACCCAUACACUAUUUUACUAGGACAUGAAGGGAAGAUGGCUGUGGAAGGUGUUUUAAAACGCUUUGAACUCCAAGAUUCAAGAAGCUCUGUGCUCCCUGAGGAGGUGGUGAGAGUGGAGAGGGUGACUGAAAAUCAUGUCUUCCAAGCUUCUGUCACUAUCCGGAUUGCAGGAAAAGAGGUGACCAUUAAGGUGCCAGCUGGGACCAGGCCAUUAAGUCAACCUUGUGCAUCAGACCAUUUUAUACAAACUUUAAGCCAUAAACAACUCCUGGCUGAAAUGAUGCAGUCUCACAUGGUUAAGGACAUAUGUUUAAUUGGAGGAAAAGGCUGUGGAAAAACAGUCAUCGCUAAGAACUUUGCAGAUACCUUAGGAUACAAUACAGAACCUGUCAUGCUGUAUCAAGAUAUGACAGCACGUGAUCUGCUACAGCAGAGAUACACGCUUCCAAAUGGAGACACUGCCUGGCGGUCCUCGCCCCUCGUAAAUGCUGCUCUGGAAGGGAAGCUGGUUCUCUUGGAUGGCAUUCACAGAGUCAAUGCGGGUACACUUGCUGUAUUACAAAGGCUGAUCCACGACCGAGAGCUCAGCCUGUACGACGGCUCUAGGCUGCUGAGAGAAGACAGGUACAUGCGUUUAAAGGAGGCACUGCAGAUGUCUGAUGAGCAGCUACGGAAGAGAUCGAUUUUUCCUGUCCACCCCUCCUUCAGAAUCAUCGCCUUGGCAGAACCCCCUGUUGCUGGAAGCACAACACAGCAGUGGCUGGGACCAGAAUUCUUAACCAUGUUCUUUUUCCAUUACAUGAAACCACUUGUCAAAAGCGAAGAAAUGCAAGUGAUUAAGGAAAUGGUCCCAAAUAUACCUCAGGAAGCUUUGGACAAAUUGUUAUCAUUUACACACAAACUCAGAGAGACGCAGGAUCCAACAGCACAGUCGUUGGCAGCAUCGCUUUCUACCAGACAGCUGUUGAGGAUUUCUCGUCGGCUGUCACAGUACCCUAAUGAAAAUCUUCACAGUGCUGUCACUAAAGCCUGCCUUUCCAGGUUUUUACCAAGUCUUGCAAGGUCAGCGUUAGAAAAAAAUCUGGCAGAUUCUGCAAUAGAAAGAAGUACCGAUAAUAACCUGGAACCAGAAUUAGAGGAUUACAAAUGUGAAGUGACAUCUGGGUCUCUGAGAAUUGGAGCUGUUAGUGCACCGAUCUAUGAUGCCCAUGAGAAAAUGAAAGUGCCUGAUGUUCUGUUCUAUGACAACGUCCAGCACAUGGUAGUGAUGGAAGAUAUGCUUAAAGACUUUCUUCUUGGAGAACACCUAUUAUUGGUUGGUAACCAGGGUGUAGGAAAAAACAAGAUUGUUGAUAGAUUCCUUCACCUGCUGAAUAGACCCCGAGAAUAUAUCCAGCUGCACAGGGACACCACGGUACAAACUCUCACUCUUCAGCCUUCUGUUAGAGAUGGACUUAUUGUGUAUGAAGACUCGCCUUUGGUUAAAGCAGUAAAGUUGGGUCAUGUUCUGGUAGUGGAUGAGGCAGACAAAGCCCCAACAAAUGUCACCUGUAUUUUAAAAACUCUAGUAGAAAAUGGAGAAAUGAUUCUAGCAGAUGGAAGACGCAUUGUUGCAAAUUCUGCUAAUGUCAAUGGACGAGAAAAUGUUGUUGUGAUUCAUCCUGAUUUUAGGAUGAUUGUUCUGGCCAACAGACCUGGAUUUCCUUUCCUAGGCAAUGAUUUCUUCGGUACCUUAGGUGAUAUUUUUAGCUGCCAUGCAGUUGAUAAUCCCAAACCCCACUCGGAGCUCGAGAUGCUCAGGCAGUAUGGCCCGAAUGUGCCCGAGCCCACCCUUCAAAAACUCGUGGCUGCCUUUGGAGAGCUGAGGAAUUUAGCCGACCAGGGGAUUAUUAACUAUCCUUAUUCCACGAGAGAAGUUGUCAACAUAGUCAAGCAUUUACAGAAAUUUCCCACCGAAGGUCUCUCCAGUGUGGUUAGAAAUGUGUUUGACUUUGAUUCCUACAACAACGACCUGAGGGAGACUUUGAUGAACACUUUACACAAACACGGGAUACCCAUCGGAGCAAAGCCUACCAGUGUGCAGCUGGCAAAGGAGUUACCUUUGCCAGAGCAGACAUUUGUGGGCUACUGGACAAUUGGUCAGUCAAGAAAUGGAAUGCAAAAACUGUUGUGUCCAGCAGAAACUCGUCACAUAGACGUAAAGGGUCCAGCACUUAUAAACAUACAGGAGUAUCCAAUAGAAAGACAUGAAGAAAGAUCCCAAACCUUUACUGAAGAAUGUGCCUCCUGGAAGUUACCAUUGGAUGAUACUAACUUAAUCUGUGACAUUGCUACAUCACAUGAAAACGAGGAAGAUACUCUCUACGUAGUUGCGUGCAAUCCCAUUUCCUUAUACUUCAUGAAUAUGACUGGGAAACGUGGCUACUUUGUGGACUUUUUUGACAUCUUCCCAAGAAUGGCCCGUGGAGUUUGGCACCCGUUUGUGACAGUGGCACCGCUGGGAAAUCCCCUCAAGGGUCAAGUGAUUCUCCAUGAGCAGCAGAGUAAUGUCAUCCUGUUGUUGGAUACUACCAGCCAAGCCCUCCGCCGUCUCAUCCUUCCUUCAGAGGGGCUUCCAUGUAAGAAGACUUCCUGGUGGAACGAGGAGGAAACUGAAACUUACAAAAUGUGUAGAGAAUUUUCACACAAAAACUGGCUGGUAUUCUACAAGGAAAAAGGGAACAGCCUGGCUGUGCUGGAUGUUCUAGAAGGACGCACUCACACCAUCUCCCUUCCCAUCAACCUCAAGACAGUCUUUCUAGUGGCAGAGGACAAGUGGCUUCUGGUGGAAAGUGAGACAAAUCGGAAAUAUCUUUUAACUAAGCCUGCACACAUCGAAUCUGAGGACAGUGGGGUUUGCCAGUUGUAUGUGUUGAAAGAGGAGCCACCUAGCUCAGGCUUUGGAGUCACACAAGAAACAGACUCCAGCAUACCUCAUAAAAUUUCAAGUGAUCAGCUAUCAUCUGAAAAGCUAAGUUCAGCUGUGGGACAAAAGAUUGCAUCUCCUAACCGAGUUCUCUCAGAUGAGAAUAGUUACGCUACAAUUGUUGUUGGGUUCCCAGAUCUCCUGGUAAGCAUACAUUUUUUAAGAGAAGUCCCUCUAAAAGAUAUCUACCCAAAAGAUGUUACCCCUCCACAAACAGCUGGCUAUAUAGAAGUCACUGAUCUCCAAUCAAAGAAACUCCGAUAUGUCCCUAUUCCUGGAUCAGAAUCUCUCUCGCCAUAUACCACGUGGCUGUCUACUAUUUCGGACACAGAUGCACUGCUGGCUGAGUGGGGCAAAGGUGGCGUUGUUACUGUUGAUAUGGCAGGUCGCGUCAGGCUUUGGGAGACUGGACUUGAACAUCUGCAGCGGUCACUCAUGGAAUGGAGGAACAUGAUUGGACAAGAAGGUGACAGACAUAUGCAGAUAACAAUCAACAGAGAGAGCGGUGAAGACGUGAGUUCCCCCAAACACGGGAAGGAGGACCCAGACAACAUGCCUCACGUGGGCGGCAACACUUGGGCAGGCGGAACAGGAGGAAGAGACACUGCCGGUCUGGGCGGCAAAGGUGGUCCUUACCGGCUGGAUGCAGGCCACACAGUGUAUCAGGUCUCCGAGGCUGAGAAAGAUGCGGUCCCCGAGGAGGUGAAGAGAGCUGCGAGAGAGAUGGGCCAGAAAGCCUUUCAGCAGAGGUUAAAAGAGAUCCAGAUGAGUGAAUAUGAUGCUGCAACCUACGAAAGGUUUUCAGGUGCUGUUCGACGGCAGGUGCACUCCCUCCGAAUUAUCCUGGAUAAUUUACAGGCUAAAGGUAAAGAGAGACAGUGGCUAAGACACCAAGCUACUGGGGAACUAGACGAUGCCAAGAUCAUUGAUGGUCUGACUGGAGAAAAAGCCAUCUACAAACGCCGGGGUGAGCUGGAGCCACAGCUGGGCAGCCCCCAACAGAAACCCAAGCGCCUGCGCCUGGUGGUGGAUGUGUCCGGCAGCAUGUACCGCUUCAACGGCGUGGACGGCCGGCUGGAGCGCUCAAUGGAAGCCGUGUGUAUGGUCAUGGAGGCCUUCGAGAACUAUGAGGAGAAGUUCAAGUAUGACAUCGCUGGACACUCUGGAGAUGGCUACAACAUUGAUCUAGUUCCCAUUAACAAAAUCCCCAAGGACAAUAAGCAGAGACUAGAAAUUCUGAAGACAAUGCAUGCCCACGCUCAGUUCUGCAUGAGUGGGGACCACACAUUAGAGGGGACAGAACACGCCAUCAAGGAAAUCGUCAAAGAGGAAGCUGACGAGUAUUUCGUUAUCGUCUUAAGUGACGCGAACCUGUCACGAUAUGGGAUACAUCCUGCCAGGUUUGCCCAGAUCCUGACAAGCAACCCUCAAGUAAAUGCUUUUGCCAUUUUUAUUGGAUCUUUAGGUGAUCAAGCAACCAGGCUUCAGAGAACUUUACCAGCUGGCCGGUCUUUCGUUGCCUUGGAUACCAAGGAUAUCCCUCAGAUCUUACAGCAGAUUUUCACCUCCACCAUGUUGUCCAGUGUUUAAGAUGUGCCCUCGACCACCCUGAUGACCCUGGGAUUUGAAAUCAGAUCCAAAGAAAGAGUAUUCUGAAGAAAACGUCUCUAAAGUGCACCCAUGCAAUGGCGGGGGUGAUGCUGGCAUUCUUGGGCCUCCUGUACUUGCUCAGUAAUCGGCUUUCAGACAAGCAGCCAGAGGGAGGCCCUUGCACGGAAAUCUGCAACCACUGACGGGUUUACCAGUCAUUAGAGAAAGCGAGUUGCCCUGCGUUUUACGAAAGGUCAGGGUUAAACGAAGACUGAGAACUAUGGGGCGUGGUCUGUUUCCAAAAAUCUGAGGGAAAGAGAGUACCUUGCUUUUACCUUAACACAUCACCUGGUCACCUAGGAUAACUAAAGUGACCCCAUCGAACUGAGCCUUCGAUGCCACAUUCUGACCCUGAAAUCCAGGUCUGGGCAGACCCACCCAACCAGCUUCUGUUCAGUAGUUAUUUUUAUUUUCUCCCUAACUCUGUAUUGCCCAACAAACAAUGAUCUUAUAGUAUUUAACCCACUGAGAAGUCAUGUCAACAGCAAUAUUUUAUAAAAGACUGGCUUUUCUCAGUGAUGUCAUUUUCUUAGCCAAAACCAAAAGGAAUCAGAAGAUCCCUGGAGCGCAUCCUUUCCUACGUGACUUUUAAAAGGCUUUUUAAAUAAUAAAGAGCAAAUGUCUUAUACUCCAUUCUGCUAGGAGUGGAAAGGGUAAAGGAUGUCUUGCCUUGAGUUUCCUGUUUCUUCUCAUUCUUCAGUGCUUCUCAAAGUUUUCACACUACUCCAUUUUGGUGUCCAAAACGUCAUGCUCAAAAUAACAAAUGUUUAUGUUUUUACUUAAAGCAAAGUGAAAACAAGGCAGUAUGUUUGAACUAAAUGAUAACUGGAGAUUUCUUUAGCUGUAAAUAUAUAUAUACGCACACACACACACACCAUAUAUGUGUAUACACACCAUAUAUGUGUAUAUAUAUGUAUGUAUAUAUGGUGUGUUUGUGUAUAUAUAUUUAAGACUUGUUUUUUUUUUCAGAGUGUACCUUAUCUCCCUCCACCUCUCUUGGGCUGACCUUUACUUAUCAACAGGCUCAAGUCAUUUUUUUCAAAUGCUUCAGCGGAAGUCAGUCUCUCCCCAACCAUAUAACAAGUUUCUCUUCAUCAUUCAUGUCAAAGUCCGAAAUGCCGGGGGCACCAGUGUGUGUGUGCUUUCUAGUGACGACUUGGAAAAACUAGUCUUGUUAAUAACAUUACCUGAGUCACCCAUCCAUAGUGGAACUGUACAGAUUCAUUUCAUUUUCAUGAAUUAUAUCAAAGAAGAAAAGAUGACACUCAUUUGUCUCACCGCCCCAUCUCCCUGUCAACUGUCAAAAAAAAUAACAGCAAUCAGAUUUCCAGUGCAGGAUUACCCAGUGAA